AUGGACAAUAAAAUCAUAGAGAACGUUCUAUUGACGAUAGAACAGUACAAAGGGUCGACGGCGGACUUCAAGCAGGCGGCCGUUCUGGGCAAGUACGGGCGCAUGCCCUUUUUCAGCCGCCUUCUCGUGUGGAAGGUUUGUGCGCUCACAGAAACGUUGAACAUGCGAGAGUGGCAUGAGCGCCUCAGAACGCUGCGGACCGUGUAUCACGGGCUCCGACAGAAUCGCGAGAUGCGUGUGCCGUGGCACGCUCUUGACGACGAGUGUGAUCUUGCCGAACCCAGGUCCAGAAGUGAAAGUGACAAACCCAAGUCCAGAAGUGAAAGUGACAAAAGCAAGACUGACAAGGCCGAGAGGGCCCAGCGCAGGCAGCUAGCCAAGACAGCGGUCUCUGCGGACGAGGACCCGCUCCUGCUGGCGCCACCAAGGCGGGAAGGGGCCGUGGACCAAACAGAACUAGACGGCGAGCUUCUCCGGUCGAUUGUGCUCGACGUGCAGCGGCUUUUCCCCGGCGAGGAGUUUUUCGUUGAAACGCACCGCCGGCGCCACAUCGCCACCAUUCUCUACGUGUGGGCCAAGUGCAACCCGCAGGUCGGGUACAAGCAGGGCAUGCACGAGAUCUUGGGCCUCAUCUACUGGAACAUGGCGCGCGAGUCUGUGGAGGUGCCUGCCGACUACUCCAGCGACGACAGGGCUGUGCUUGCCUUGUACGACGUCCAGUAUCUUGCGCACGAUGUUUUUGCGCUUUUCAACCGGUUUGUGGUGGCCAGCGGCGUGGUGGGCGACUUCUACGCCAGCGAGGCGCAGCUCAUGCUCCUGGUGGAGCAGUUCAACGCGCUCCUCAUGAAGGUGGACCAGCUUGUCCACUACAACUUGGUGACCAAGCUCCGGCUCGAGUCGCAGCUCUGGAUCAUUCGCUACUUGCGCUUGCUUCUUGCGCGCGAGCUUGGCGACGUCGAGCUGAUUUCCAAGCUCUGGGACAGGCUCGUGGCCGCAGACCUGCUUCUGCCCAAGCCGUGCGUGCCCCAGCUCACGAUUUUCUUGGUGAUUGUGCUCUUGCUCCACAUCAAGCGCGAGCUCAUGCUCUGCGACUUCUCCGAGGCCUUGACGCUUCUCUUGCGCUACCCGAUCGGCGCCAAAACAGCAAGCCACCGCGACUUUGUCGACUCGCUCUUUGACGAUGCCUACUUGCUCUACCAGAGCCGCGAAAACGACUUGAAACUCUACGAGGUUGGGCUGCGCCUCAGCAAACGGGCGCUGGGCGGCGUUUCCGUCACGUACUCGCCCAAAGUGUCGUUGGACACGCCACUGCCGCUGCCGCUGCCAAUGCCGCCUACGGCAGAGGAAUCGCGUGCCGCCAAGAUGGCGUUUGAGAAAACAAGGUUGGAAAUGCGCCUCAAGAAAAAGGCCCAGCUGAUGCUCCAGUAG